AUGAUCGCCGAUGUAAAUACUAAUCCAAAGUUACCUAUGUCGAGGGGAGAGAAAAAGCACACUUCAAUUACCACCCUGGACAUAGACAAGAGAAACAACACUCACAAUAAUUAUAUACAAAAAAGACAUGUAAAUUAUUUACUCGAAAUAAAGAGAAACAAUAAAAAGAUACAAAAAACUGGAUCACAUAAGAAGGAAUCCCCAGAUGAAAAACAAAUAAGCGGAGCACACUCUCGACAUGUGCAUAAUAACACUCCUAAAAUGUUAACUAAGGAGAAAGGAGAAAGGCCCGUCUCUACACUGAUCCAUAUAAAUAAAGUGAAAAACUGUAAGUUGUGCCCCAUGGGUAUUCUAAAAAAGGACCAGGUUAUUACAAAACCACGAGGAAUCGAUGCCCGAGGAAGUUUCGGAAAAAGCAUCUGCAGUAGGGCCGCGUCCAGUUUGCUAAAAAAUGCAACAAUGCGAAGGGGCCAUGACAACGAGGAGGAAAACAAAAGUGGGAAGAUACAUACCACACAUAAAUUAGGAACUCAAACCGAAAGAAAAAAUGGCUACCUUAAUCAGAGAAAAAUUGCGACCAUUGCCACAGCGCACAUGAAAGGCCCCCCGCUAGACACACAUUUUGAGCAAUCGGCAAGGGGAAUUAUUACCCCCCAGACAUGCACAAUUUUAAAAAGUAAAAUGAGAAGAAAUUCACCAAAGGGGUGUCUGACCCUUCACUCUAAGGAAGAAAUAAAAGGGAAAAACGAAUUCUGUAGGAAAUACCAAAAUGGAAAGGAAAAGAAAUGCACAUUAUUACCUGACCAGAUCGGGAAAGCACAAAAAGGUGAUACAUAUGAUGGAUAUCGAAGUGAAGAAGAAAAUGAAACAACCGGAAAGGGAGAAACCCAGAUAGAAGAAUUCCAAAUGGUAGCUCAUGAAAAAAUAAAAAAUGUAAAAAGUUGCACACUUAAUGGGUGGAAAAACAAAUCUGGUUCGAAAAGGGGCACAGAAAAUGCGUCUAUUAAGAGAAUUGUAGAGGGAAACCAUAUCAAGGAAGCAGGGGAAGCAGCUCCUCCCACUAAUAGCAUAAAGAGAUGUAAAGUUAGAACCAUUUUGUUGAAUAAAACAUGGCUGCAAGAAGGGGCUAUCACGAAAUUGGUGUCGCUCGAAGAGGAGGGGGAAAGAAGAAGCUUCCGCUAUGAGGAGGACUGCGGGGGGGAGUUAUCCAAUGAAAAUAAUUCUGGUGAAGAACAUUCCAUGGAAGAACCCCCCCACCUCGCAAGAGAACAUAAAAAAACAGAACGAGAAAACCAAAAGGGGGAAGGGAGGAAAAACCUACAUAGGUACAAAAUUAUAUCAGUGAAGAUAAAAAAGGGGAAAGAGCUGAGAAAGGAAUAUAUAAUAACAAAACAAAUCGGGAAGGGGACUUUCGGAAAAGUCUGUCUAGGAAUUCACAUACACACACAUGAAAUAGUGGCAAUAAAAAUCUUAAACAAAAAAAAGUUACAACGAUUAAUCAGUUAUGAAAAAAUAAUGAAGGAAAUAAGAAUACAUGAACAGAUGGACCAUAAUCACAUAUGUAAAUUAUAUGAAGCUUAUGAAGAUGGAAAAAACAUAUAUAUGAUAUUAGAGUAUAUUCCCAACGGAGAUUUAUUAUCAUAUGUUUGUAAAAAAAAGAGAAGAAUAAAUGAAGACACAGCAAGGAGAAUCUUUUAUCAAUUAAUCAGUGCAGUGGAUUAUUUGCACAAAUUUAAUGUUGUUCAUAGGGAUUUGAAACCAGAAAAUAUUUUACUGGAUGAUGACGAAAAUAUAAAAUUAAUUGAUUUUGGUCUCUCCACUGUGUAUGAAAAAAAUAAUUUAUUAGCAACAUCAUGUGGGUCCCCAUUUUAUACCUCUCCAGAAAUUUUACAAGGAAAUAAAUAUCAUGGAGAAUUAACGGAUGUGUGGUCCCUGGGCGUUAUCCUUUUUUUAUUACUCAAUCGAAAACUGCCAUUUAAUCAUAUCAGUUUGAAUGUACUUUUCCAGGAAAUUAUAAAAGGUCUACUUCAUUUCGAACCACACAUUUCAGAAAGCGCAAAAAAUUUAAUUCGAAAUAUGCUCAAUGUAAAUUACCAGAAAAGAUAUUCCCUCAGGGAUGUAAAAACACAUCCAUGGUUUAACUCAUAUCAUAUGAAAAAAAAAAAUUUCACAAAAUUGUGUCAUGACAACUGUCACUUAAUUUGCUGUAAUGUAUGUUCAUACAAAAUUAUCAUUCUUAGUAGUAGCGAGUGGAUGCAAUUAAUUUUAAAUAAAAUUGGCAAAAUUUAUUCCAUUGAAGGGGACCAAAUUUGUAGUGAAUUACGAGAAAAGGGAAAAAAUUCGGUCAAAACAAGUUUUUAUCUUUUGCUAAAUAAAACCAUUCGAAUGGUAUCCACAAAUAAUUCCUUAUGCUCCCAUCUUGUAGUCACACACCCGUCUGUGUAUCCUCAAGGUGAGAAUUCUCCACCCAUCCAUCAUGAAGCGUUCUCUUCUUCACAUGCGUAG